AUGACUGUGAGCAUAUGUGGUCAUGUAGACAAGGAACCACUUGACUUCUGCUCAGAUAAGAUUCGUACCAGGCUCGUUGCGGCACAGAAUGGGAUAGUGAAAUGCGGGGGCAGUUGGCAGCAACUCGGCGAGAAAUGCUUCCUGGCCGUGGCGGGCUCCAACCGCAACUGGAAGGACGCCCGGAGUGAUUGCCAGACUAGGGCCGGAACUGAUCUGGCUGUUAUCCCUGACCAGGCGACCACUACUUUCUUACAGUCGAUGUUGGCAGGGGUCACAUCUCAGUAUUGGAUAGGACUACAUGACCUCCCCAAUGAGAACGAUUUCAGAUGGGUCGACGGCCAGUCGCUUAUCGAUACAAACUACACGAACUGGGCGCCUAACCAACCCAACAACGGUUGGUUUUUCUCUGAGGAUUGUGUUACCUUCAAACCGUCCACUGGCGAAUGGAAUGACGCGACCUGUGACUUCGGUACCAGGCCUUACAUCUGUGAAAGGAAUAGCUCAUCCAUUCCAAAAUGUGACGAGUCCCACGGCUGGAGGAGCUACAACGGCAAGUGCUACCAAUUCUUCUACGAUUACCAGACAUGGCAGACGGCCCAAGACACCUGUUCUUUCUACAAGGAUGGCCACAUUGCGUAUGUCAAGAGUCCCGAGGAUCAAGCCUUUCUGGACGAUCUGCAGCUCAUGCAUGGCUAUUCCUACUGGAUUGGCCUGCAGGAUGGUAGCACGAACGGUGCUUACCAGUGGUCGGAUAAGACCAAGUUUGACCUGACCAACGAUUUCUCUAAUUGGGAGACUGGCCAGCCAACGAACAAUUGGUAUGGUAACGAGGGUGAUUGUGGGAAUGUGGACACAUCAGGACAUUGGACCAUAAGCAAAUGCAACGACAUGAUUGAUUAUGUUUGUGAAAUUCCUGAAGGUGCCUGUGCUCCUGGGUGGUAUCUUGUCAACGGAAACUGCUACCAAGUCAACUCCCAAACUCUGAGGACCUGGACCGAUGCCAAACAGUAUUGUGAAGCACAGCUGGCCUUUCUGACCACCAUCAAAUCGGAUGCGGAGAACAACAUGAUCAAAUCUUUUCUGAGUGAUCUCAACAGCCAAGGCAUCAAUGAGCUCUACAUCGGGGCUUCAGAUCUCGUGAAGGAUGGCACCUUUGUCUGGGUUGACGGCACGUCUGCUCGCUCCCCGUACUCCCACUGGGUCAGCGGUCAACCUCCAGACACCCCAGAUCAGAAGAAAGACUGUGCUUACAUAGACACAGCGGACAGCUUGGAUGGUGAAUGGAGAGCUGGGGAUUGUUUCAUGUUGGGAGCCUAUGUUUGUCAAACCAAAGCAGGUCACAAAGUGGAGUCCGUGCCUUCAACUCCCAUAACUGACCACUGUGACGGGCCGGGUUGGGAUCUGCACAAAAACUACUGCUACGAGAUUGUCCUGACGUAUGAAAAGUGGGCCGACGCUGACACAAAGUGUAAAGCACUGGGGGCCGAGUUGGUCAGCAUACAUAGCGACGAUGAACAAUCCUUCAUGUCGGUCCGUAUCAGCGUGAUGAACCAACGUGUUUGGAUGGGACUGAACGACCAAGCCACAGAAGGGACCUUCGUCUGGACGGAUUCGACAAACUUUGAUUACAAUAACUGGGCUGACCCCAACGCCAUCGGGAGUGAGGACUGCGUGAGCAUGGAGGGCCAUACCACGAGCUAUGGACUGUGGAAAGCACGCAACUGCGACGAGCUGAACUACUACGCUUGCAAGAAACCGUCAAUCAAAGGAACAGCAGCCCCCCCUCCACCACUGCCAACAAUAAUUUAUGACUCCCGUUGCGGCUCAGGCUGGGAAUUGGACAAGAAGUCCGGCAAGUGCUACCUCUUUCAGCCGUUUGAGAAAACCAACUGGUUUGGGGCUCGCUACGCGUGUCGCCUGCUGGGCGGUGAUCUCAUGAGCCUGACGGGGAAUGACGACUUGGCCUACGCUACUAGUCGGUUGAUAACCACCGGCGGGGGAGAAUCCUGGAUAGGAUGCAACGACCUGGGCACCGAGGGCGGAUGGGUCUGGAGUGACAAGAAACCCUUCUCAUUGCUCAACUGGAACCCAGGUCAACCCGAUAACUGGUUUGGUUACAGCCAGAUUGGAGAACACUGCUGCAACAUAUACAACGCCCUCGGAACGUGGAACGACAACUUCUGUGAAAACCAAAUGGGCUACAGCUGCAACAAAGACGAUAUGGUGCUCAAGUAUUUCUUAACCUACUCGGAGAAGAAAAUCAUGGGUUCGCCAGACAGUAUGGUGGUUCAGAAUGCCUGGCCCAAGGACUGUGCCGAGAAAUGUCGUACCUUGCCUACCAACACCUUCUACUGCAAGUCCUUUGACUACGAGAGGGCCACACGGACCUGCUACCUCUACAAGGUGGACCAGGCCACCGCUGGGGGUCUGAUUCCGACCUUUGACACGCAGCAUUUUGAUUACUACGAGCGAGAUUUAUUUGCCACCCCUCCUCCUCAGCCGACCCCCGUGCCGGCCAACAAGGGAUGCCCCACAGGCUGGGGUCAGUACAAAGAAUACUGCUACUACGCCAACUUCAACAAGUUGGAUUUCGCCGGAGCCCAGGCCGAGUGCCAGAAACUGGGAGCAGAGGUGACCACGAUCCAUAGCAUGAACGUCAACAAUUUCCUGCGUGCAUUUGUCUAUGAACAAAACCCAAAUGAGAACCGGUUUUGGAUCGGACUGACUGACCAGAAACAAGAGAUGCUGUACGAGUGGUACACUGGUGAACCUGUUGUCUUUACCAACUGGAACGCCAGGGAGCCCAAUGACGCCAAUGGAGAGGACUGCACCGAAAUGUAUAUUGACUCUGGGUUCUGGAAUGACGUGCCUUGCCAGGGUUACACCUACAAUUCCAUUUGUCGGAAAAUUGUGUCGACUGGUAACCCGCCUCCGGUCCAGGACACAACAUGCCCAACAGGUGGCACAUGGAAUUACCGAUUUAAAGACCGAUGCUACCAGAUCGAACUAUUCAAACUGCCCUGGGCAGAUGCCGUCAACAGGUGCACAACGACACCUGGAGCUCAGUUGGUUGUCAUUGAGGACAGGAUGGAGCUAGCCUACCUGAGCGGUGCACUGGGUAGUCAAGACGCGGUCGACGACUACUUCAUUGCUUUUAGCGACAGCAAAGUUCCAGGUUUUUACCAGUGGACGGACGGCACACCGAUAAUGUACACAAACUGGGGUGAUGGCCAACCCGAUGAUCAACAGGGUCAUUGUGUCGCCAUGAACAGCGGCAACGACGCCGGCUACUGGGCAGACCGAAAUUGCUCCCAGCCAUAUAACUUCAUCUGCGAGAUGGCCCGGACUGGUUACCCGACAGUACCGCCCCCAGUGGUGGUAACACCUACGCCGCCGACGGAUAAAGAUUGCGCAACGGGAUGGGUGGGCUGGGGCAGUCGGUGCUUCCUGAUUUUUGAGCUGGACAGUGACUCUGCUGCAGUCAACUGGGACACAGCUAACAGAGAAUGUGAGAACAUGGGAGCCACUCUGGCCAGCUUCCAUCACCCUGAUGAGGAGAAGUACUUGAUAAGCAAGUUUUCACCGACAACUAACAGACGUUUUUGGAUUGGACUGAACGACCAGCGUUUUGAAGGAGGCUAUGCAUGGAGUGACGAUACCCCAGUGGAGUACACCAACUGGGCUGCUGGGGAGCCCAACGAUUAUGGUGGCUGGGAAGAGUGCGUGGAGACAGACUUCAAGGGGGGACGAUGGAACGACCAAAGCUGCUGGGAUCGACGCAACUAUAUCUGCGCCAUACCCAAAGGGAAGACGGUAAUCACAACACCACCACCAACGAUUGCUACAGGUGACGACUGCGUAGGCUUUGUUGGAUGGAAGCACCUGUACCCCAACUGUUACUACUUCAGCACUAAAGGGGACGGCUUGAAAGAUUGGUACGAGGCGGAGGAGUUCUGCCAUAAACAGAAUGCUCAUUUGGUCUCCAUCCAUGACAAAACAGAACGAGAUUUUAUCAAGAAUCGGAUGGACGCAUUUGUCGGUAAUUACUGGUGUGGGCUUCGAGCAAACAUCACACAUCCUGGCAAUCAUGAGUGGUCCGAUGGAACCCUCUUGGACAUGAAGAACUGGCAGGUGUUUCAGCCAGACACCAAGAACGGAGAGGAACUCUGCGUCCAAAUGAGGGCAAAUCAAUUGAUUCCGUUCCUGACCGGCCAAUGGCUGGAUGCCAACUGUGGCCUGGAUGCCCGCUUCGUCUGCAAGAAGAACGUGGACGGCACCGCGCCCACCCACCAGCCCACCCCUGCACCCACGGGAGGUUGCCCAUUGGGUUGGCUCAAGUACAACAACCGAUGCUACAAGAUGAUGGGUGUGGGCGGCCAAUCAGACCCCAGGAAGAACUGGCAAGAUGCCAAGACGGAGUGUAUGAAGACGACGGGGGCAAACCUUGCCUCCAUACACAGCAUCGAGGUCCAGACUUAUUUGACUGCCGAUAUGAUCGAGUCUACCGACGACGUGUGGAUAGGGAUGUCUGCUCUGGCUAGCGGCAACAAGUUUGUUUGGACAGACAGCAGCUCAGUGGACUUUGUCAACUGGGCGGCAAACCAGAAGGAUCAAACGGACUUUAUUCAGCUUGGGAAUGCUUCCGAUUGUAUCCGGAUGAUGUAUGAAGACGACGAGCCGGGCAGAUGGUUGGAUGAGGACUGUGACGCUCUGCAUGCCUACCUAUGCAUGAUGAAACCAGAUGACCAGUAUCCCGACAACCCAAUUUCAACUGAUUGCACUGAUUUAAGCGGAAGUGGCUACACACAAUACGGCGACGUGUGCUUUAAGGUCUAUACUGAUUCGACGAGGAAUUUUAACGACGCCAAGGCAAAGUGUGAGGCAGACGGAGCCAAUCUAGCAUCCAUCAUGAACGGCUAUGAGCAGGCCAAGCUACAGUCAAUGAUGGACGACAAGGGGAAACCUGGCAGCAUGUGGAUUGGACUUUACGACGAUCCGGCCACUGGAGUGUUUGCGUGGAUAGACGGCUGGCCGCUUCACUAUGACAACUGGGGAUGGACUGAUCCUAAAGGCCUCCCGUACGUAAUCAUGAAGGAGGACGGUUGGCUGUAUGAGGCUGGCGAAUGGGGAAACGUGAACGGGGAGGGUUUCUUCAAUAAGUACUACACGGCCUGCAAGUACAAUCCAGCCACACCCCCACCCCCUGAGCCCACCGUGGUCGGAUACUGUGACAACGGCUGGGGCGCCUUCGGUUCCAGCUGCUACAUCGUCGGCUCCGGCAUCUUCGCCAAGGGAACCUUCGGCGACGCCAUCUAUGACUGCGACAAGAAUUACGGUGGGGCCCACGUCGUGACUAUCGGGAGCAAACUGGAGAACAGCUAUGUCAAGAGUCUAGCCCAGAAGGAGUUUGGGGUCGAUGAGGUGUUUAUUGGAAUCGACAGGACCGCCAUUGGUGGUUGGGAGUGGGUAGAUGGCUCCCCUUUGACCUACGUCAACUGGGGCAAUGACCCGGACAGUAACACCGGUAAAGACUGUGCCGAGAUGAAGUUUGACUCCAACGCCAAGUGGUACCACAUCAACUGCAAAAGCAAAAGCCACUACGUCUGCGAGAAAGCAAAGACUCCAAUGAUGACGACUCCAACACCACCUGUGAAGAACUGUUCAACCGGUACUACUGAUUGGAAGGAGUUGGAUUCAUACUGCUAUUACGUCAGCAAUACAUACGUCAGCUGGCAUGAUGCGGAGGAAUGGUGCAAUCAAAAUGGCGGCUACCUGGCAUCCAUACACAGUGCAGUGGAGAAUCAGUUCAUUUUAGAUUUGUUCCCAUACAGCUAUCAGACUGCUUGGAUUGGCUACAGCAAGAUGUUUGAUGGAAGUGGCACUGAUAAGUACCGUUGGACUGACGGUUCGGAUCCCUUGGACUACACGUCAGGAUGGGGGGUCGGUGAACCGGAUGACCAAUUUGGCUCACAGAAGUGUGCAAAUAUGGAAUGGGAUGGUACUUGGGAGGACAAUAACUGCGGUGCCCAGGAAGGUUUCGCUUGCAAGAGGAAGUCCGACAACACGGCACCGAUCACUUUUCCCCCACCUCCACCGCAAGUUGGAAACUGCCCCGCUGGCUGGAACAAGAUAGAGACGGGUUGCUACCUGAUCAAGGGUGACACAGCAGACUUCAAAUCCUGGGAAGAUGCGAGGACUGAAUGUCAGAAACAAACCAACGGGGAUCUGGCGUCCAUUCAUGACCAAGGAGUCCAGUCUCUGCUAGCAUCCAUGAUCAAGUCGCACACGGGUAACAUGUGGAUAUCACUGCGUGGUGGUACUAGUGGAUGGUGGGGUUAUCACUGGGCCGAUCAGAGCAACGUGGACUAUGAACACUGGGCCUUGAACCAGCCCAGUUAUUACUUUGAUCAAACCCAGUGUGUGGUGAUGGUGAAUGACCCGGACUAUCCAGGGCGUUGGGAUGAUCAGCCUUGCGCUGACACACAUGGCUACCUCUGUUAUCAACCACUCGAUGCGAAUCUGCCCACCGUAGCGCCACCGGUCGGCGACUGUAAACUAGACGACUACGAACCGUACUAUGACGAUUGCUUCAAGGUCAACACCACGUAUGUGCCCUUCCAGGACGCCCUGAAGUCCUGCGCCAAUGAUGGAGCAUACCUAGCAACUGUCGUUGAUGGUUUUGAUGAGGCUUAUCUGAUCACGAUGCUGUAUGCAAGGGGCUUGGAUGCUGCCUGGAUUGGCUUCGCAGCGUCCAAUAGCACUGGCACAUUUGUCUGGGCGGACCAGCGGCCAGAUUCCUACAUCAACUGGGGCCCAUACCAACCCAACGGUCCAGGCAACUGCGCGGUUCUGACCAAGCAGGCUUAUUGGGUCAACGUCCCUUGUGACGAGGGGUACCCAUUCUUCUGUCGAAUCAACGAUCAACCUUUCGUACCCCCCACUUGGCCCCCCGCCCUGCCAGGCAGCUGUCCGGACAAAUGGGUCCCGUACGGCGACAACUGCUACAUGUUUGCGUCAGGCGGUAGUUACGUCACCUGGUACGAGGCCUACGUCAAAUGCUCCAUGGACUACGGAGGCGCACAACUCCUGGCCAUCCAUAGCAGGGCCGAGAACACGUUCAUCCAGAAGAAUAUCGAUAAUAUCUAUUCGUGGACCGGCGUGUGGCUGGACUUGAGUCGCAACAAAACUGUAAGCAACCAGUAUGAGUUUUUUUGGAACGACGGACACCCGUUGGAUUACGACAAUUGGAGACACGACGAACCCAGCCAGGAGGGAUACUACAGUAAAGACUGCGCCAUCAUGAUGCCCGGUGCCUAUGGAAAGUGGGAGACGGACAGCUGCACAUUCGGCAAUGGCUUCGCGUGCCAGAAACCCAAAGUUCCGGUUGCCGAGGGUGGCUGUGAGAAGGGCUGGUUCAGGAUGAACAACUGGUGCUACGGAGCGUUUGGGAUGUUUGAGCCCGAUGCCAAGACAUGGCCCGCUGCCGAGAAAGACUGCAAUAGUAAAGGUGGAAACUUGGCCACCGUCUACGGACAGAGCGUCCAGUCUUUACUGGAAGGGAUGAUGUCCGAGGAGAAACAGUCCUUUGCUUGGAUCGGCCUGAGCAAGAGACUGACCGGGUUCUUUGAGUGGGCGGAUGGAACGCCCUUCCAUUUCAAGAACUGGGCUGCGGAUAACCCCGAUCAAAUGAACGAUGACUACAAGUGCGUCCGGCUGAACCAGGACACGACCUACCCAGGUCUGUGGAGCAACAUCCCCUGUGGGUCUGAGGACGGGUCAGGCAAGGGAUCCAAAGGGGGUUACAUCUGCCAAAAACCGGCAGAUCCCAACCUGCCCAACAACCCCACCGGCGAGACCUGUACCCAGGCUGGCUACUUCAAGUUUGAUGAGAUCUGCUACAAAGCCUACGGUGGGUCGGACCAGCUGAAGGCAUUCCAAGAUGCGCAGGAUCAGUGCGUGGCGGACGGAGGAACGCUGCCUAGCGUGCCCAACGGCUACGCGGAGGGUUUCAUUGAGACGCUGCUGUUUUACUACGAGAUCAAAGACGCGUGGAUUGGCCUCAGGAGAGGAGCUGAUGGUCAAUUUGCUUGGAUUAACGACGACACCCACGCCUACCGCAAUUGGAAGACGGAACCAGACCAGGGGACCAACAAUAACUGUGUUAGGAUCAAGGAUCGCCAAGUGUGGGACGUGGUGCCUUGCGAUACCAAGCACAACUUCAUAUGUCAGAUCGGUCAAACUGUGCCACCACCAAAAACAACUGCUGCAGUUGGGACGAAGCCAACGAAUCCUCCAUCGAAUCCUCCAUCGAAUCAAACAGUUGCAUCAACCACACCACUUAACGGAACCCGCGAGCCGCCAACAAGGGCCCAGCCAAAUCCUUAUGAAGGUCUGAGUGGGGGCGCUAUUGCCGGUAUCGUCAUCGGUGUACUGGUUGCCGUGGUCCUGGUCCUUGUCGUGGUGGGUUAUUUGGCCCUGAGGCAUCGCCAGGUCGCUCUCAAAGCCCCAGAUCUAGGCACGGCCACUGUCAGCGGCUUCGAUAACGCCAUGUACUCACCAUCCGUGGAAGAUGUCACCUUUGACACCAAGGGUGCGGGUGUGACUGACGCCUAAAAUAUAUCAAUCCCAGGGAAGGGAAAGAAAGCAAAGCAAAAUUGAACUUGGGGUUGGGGAACAACAACAAUCUCUUACAAUUUCUGUCGUUAGGAGAAUGCUUAACCCUUACUGUCCUGAUGAUUCCAAUCCUCCAAUUUAAGCAGAAUUUUCAAACACCUUUAUAUAUAGGGAUUAGGAUUAAUACAUAAGGUUUUUAUUUGGGGUCUGGUGAGGCUUUGACAUAUUUUGUCCCUUUUAGGGGGGAGGCAGGGGUGGGGUUACCUUUAGACCUCCUUCCAUAAAACUUGUAAGCAGAAAAGGCGUGCAGCUGUUCCUCAUCAUGAGAGUCCAAUUUCUUUGGUCUGCUUUCCGUAAGUGAAAAUCCCUGCUUACUGUAGCAGAAAAUUCAGUGCUUACCAUAAGCAUAUUUCACGCAUUAGCGAGGAAUUUUGACUUCUGCGCAUGCGUACAUCCCGUUACUAGGGAUUCUGCGCUAACAGGCUUAGCACAUAAUGUUUUCUGCUAGUGCAGUUAGCACAGAAUGGUCGUCGUAAGCGCGGAAUUAUGUGGUUAGCAGAGCCAUGAAUUGGGCCCAGCAGGUGAUUUCCUCAUUUCAACUGUUGGACGUAAGGAAGAACUUGUGAAGCUUCGCAUUUUCUCGGUUUUUUGGGGUGAACUUCUGCGGUUGUUACUUAAAUCGUACAAGCAAAUUACUCUUCUGAUAGUGUAGCACGUUUUAGUGAUCCCAUGCCGGUUAUGUGGACCGGAAACAAUUGCUCUUAGUCUUAGUUACUGCAAAUAAGUACCUCUACAAAGAAGCACUCCGACGCAAUACAUUCAUCAGCAUUUUGUAGUAAUGGCAGUCCUGCUAUAAUAGAUACCUUAGUGUCCAUAUUCAUAAUUAAAUAAGAAUAAGUACAUAACACAAAGAACUUUUUUAUAAAGGUGAUGAUUACUUCUAAAGCUACAGUACUUUGUUUUAAAUUGUCUUUUAUUGUUUGAAAUAAUUUUUGUAAAUGAAAUUUAUAGGAGCUGCUGAAGUACUGAAAUUCGUUUUUAUGCAAAUAAAUGAGCUAAGUUUAAAGCCUGCUUUAUAGUUUGUUUUACUUCACAUUACAAGUAAAUAGUAGCCUAUUGUUUAUUGAUCAGUUUAUUCGGGCUUGUACUUAAUUGGUUAGAUAUAUGGUGGAUUUACACUUCAAAAUAUGGGCAACUAUCCCAUUAUUUUUUUUAAGCAUUCAUCAAUUUGUGUAUUUUAAAGAGAGCAAAAAUACUGACAAAAAACUUUGAUUUCGUGUGAAAAAAAUUGUCCACAGUUUAUCGGUGCAAAGUAAUAAAUGAUUUAAUUUCGAAUGAAACUUAUUUUUGUGAAGUAAACAGCUUUUUUGUAAGUGUUAAUGAAUGAGUGGUAGAUUAUAAUGAUAGAGUGGUAGAUUAUACUGAAAUGUUUCUCUUUUUCAUCAAAAGAAACUGAAAUGAUAUAUUUGCAACGAAAUCAGUAGUAUAGUUUAAUUGGUUACUCCCCCUGAAAUAUAUGUCAAUCUAGGGAACGUUUUAUCUAUAACAUGAGUUAAUAAACAUAACAGUAUGUUAAAUAACUACAUUUUAACCCUAAAGGGGUCGGGUUAUUUUGACCAUCUCACAGCCGGGGGGGGGGGCGGAUUCCGCCCCCUCAGAUGUCGGCCAUCGAGUGAAAAAAAAUUGUGAAACUCGGUGCAUGCAUAGAACAACAUUAUAUGAACAUACUCAAGAAAUUUCAUGGCUAUAGGUUAUAACGGGUUUUUGGAAUUAUGGCAAAUUAAUUACUCAUAUGCACAAUGGAAAUUCCGCUUUGUGUACACUAUAUAUUGGGGAAAUUCAGUUUUCACGAAAAUGUUUUCUGCUGUGCGGUAACCCAUUGUCGGAAUUUUGUGUUUUGGGUAUCAAAAGAUGCGGAAGACUCGAGGCUAAAAAGUCAAGAAAGCUCAAAUUGGGAAAUUUUAUUUUUUUGCAAGGGUAUUGCGGCAAAACGUUGGGGGAGGGGGUUCGGAUUCCGCCCGGCCCUUUUAGGGUUAAAAUGCGUUUAGAAAAUUAAUUGUAUGACAAUACAUUGUAUAACCAUGAUUUUAUAAACAAUGACAGAAUACUUUCUAAAAUGCAAA